AUGGAGCGCAGAAACUGGGAUAUUGAACGAGUUCUAUUUUCACUGCCUGCAAUUGUCACAGGGAGUGCGUUGAACUUCCAUAUUGUAACUCGGAAAGGUGGCGUCAUGUUGAUCACCUUGAAUUGGCAACUAGGUGUUUUAGGUGUUCCAGACGAAAGUGAAUUCGUCCAGGAUGUCUUAACGAGGAUUCGAGCCCCGUUGACUGAUUUUGUUGCAGUUGCCCUUUGA